AUGACACAAGUUUAUAAAGCCACUCCUUUCUCAUAUUGCACACCAUCACGACCAAUGCGGAAAAGUUCCCGUUUUAAAAAGAAUGAGCAGGUUAUCGAUGAAAAUAAACCUCUCACAGGACAGUACUUGUCGGCUGUUGGAACGCCGUUACGGAGAACGCCACUCACACCAAAGUUUGAAGAGUUUAACAAGGAACUUCCAGCUGCAUUGAGGAAUAUUAGAAAGCGCAUUGAAAGUCAAAGUAAUGAUCUUGAAGAGAGUGAUGCAGAAGAGAAAGUUAGUCCUAGUUUGGCCCGACUUCGUAUGACACCUGGUGUUGCUCGACAGAAACAAAAGAUUCUGGAGCGUAAACAUCAUGCAGCAAAAUCCAAUAUAGAUAGUUUUAAUGUUGGUGGAGGUGUUUGCUUAUGGCCAGAAAUGGACAACAUGAGGUUAACAAGACAUGACAUGUAUUUAUUGACUGGUAUAUGUUUGGGGUUGGUGGUAUCUAUCUAUGUUUCAUUCAUAACCAUGCAUGGAGAACUUCAAUCGAAGCUUCGGUACUUUUCAAGAAGACUCGCAAUGUUGUGGAGUGAUCAUACAAUAGAAAGACUAAACCAGAAAGCAUUCAAUGAUUCCAUUCUGAGAUGGCAUUCUGCUUUCAGCAACAUCUUGGAUGACAUUCAUCAUGGUUUUGAUACUCGGUGGUCAGACACUUCAUUAAAAUAUUACAUCAGUCUUCUGUUGUAUAUUAGUGGCAUCAGUAUUUUACUUUAUUAUUUGAUGGAUAAUAUGUUUGCGAAGAAUAAGCUGACACCAAGACGUAUUAAAAUUUGGGUUUCAAUAUUGGUGUUGAUGAUAUUUUGGAGCAUACUGAUGGUAAAUCUGCUAUCUGAAGCUCAGCAAGUGGAAUAUUUGAUAGAAAUCAAUGUACACAGACUCAGUAAUGAAAUGGGCGAGCUGGUGUAUCUACAUCUAGAUCUUGGUCUAUAUAACAACAUUCUACAAUACUGGAGAAUUCGUUGUUUGCCUCCCACAACACAAGGUACACUUAGUAUUAUGGGAUUGCUACAAGUACGAGAUGUUACAUACUAUUUACAAUAUUACAGUUUGCCAGUUCUUACAGCACUGUGUACACCUAUUAUUAGGCUCAUUUUGGCCCUGAAGACAGUUUAUAGUCAGGAACAUCUAUCAAAAUCUAAAUGA